AUGGCGCCUGAUCCCCAAGACAGAGCGGAAUUCGUCCAUCCCGCAGCGAGCCAUGCUAAGAAGAAGAAGGCCCCUUCGCCGUUUGCCAUUGCGCCCAUCUCGGCCUUCUACGUCUUUCUGGCCGCCAACCUGAUAUCGGCCCUCUAUGCUCCGAUCCAAGACUGCGACGAGACCUUCAACUACUGGGAGCCUACCCACUAUCUCUCCCAUGGCUAUGGUCUGCAAACAUGGGAGUACUCUCCCGACUACGCCAUUCGAAGUUGGUUCUAUGUCGGCCUACAUGCUAUAGUUGGGAACUUUCGGCGACUGUUACCCCAUCCGACAAAGCUUGGCGAGUUCUACUUCGUCCGAUACAUACUGGCCUUUAUAUGCGCACUAUGCCAGGUGCUGAUGUUCCGGGUCGUGAGCUUCACGUUGAAUCCCCGGAUUGGGCUCUUCUUCCUGAUCGCCACCGUCAUCACCCCCGGGAAUUUUCACUCCGCUACGGCCUUCCUACCCUCUAGCUUCGCCAUGUACACGUCUCUCUUAGGUGCAGCCGCGUUCAUGAACUGGCGUGGCGGAGUCAGAACUUCUUGGGGCAUCUGGUGGUUCGCCGUCGGAGGUAUCCUCGGGUGGCCAUUUGCUUCUGCUCUGAGUUUCCCCUUCCUGAUUGAAGAAGCCGUAUUUGCCCUUGUCAGCACCAGAGAAGGCUUCUUUGAAGCGUUCCUGCGAGUCACGCGUGGCGUCGUAGCUGCACUUCUACUUGUCAUGGGCGAUACUUUGGUCAACACCUUCUUCUACAAGAAAUGGGAAAUGGUCUCUUGGAAUAUUGUCAAGUACAACAUUUUCUCGUCAACUGGCGGCCCAGAUUUGUAUGGAACGGAACCCUGGACCUUUUACUUCCGGAACUUGGCCAUCAACUUCAAUAUUUGGUUCAUUCUUGCACUGCUCUCGCUGCCCUUGUUCCUGAUUCAAAAGGCUAUCUCUUCACGGCAGUAUGGCUUCCAGUCCGGCUUGCGCACCAUCGUGUUCUUGUCUCCCUUCUACAUGUGGCUGGCUAUUUUUACCCUCCAGCCGCACAAAGAGGAACGCUUCAUGUAUCCAGCAUACCCCUUCCUGUGCUUCAAUGCUGCUUUGGCACUGCAUGUGCUCCUGAACGCCUUUGGCCAUUCCGACCCAAAAACCUUGUUUGGCAAGAUUCCCGCUCGAUUCAAGCUGUUCGUGGUUGCUUCCACUCUGUUCCUCUCCCUGGACAUCGGUUUGGCUCGUGUGAUAGGCCUUUACACUGGCUAUUCAGCACCCUUGAAACUGUACUCCCCGCUGGGCGCUGGCGUUGCCGAAGAGCAGGGACUUGGUGGCCGCGGGGACAACGUGUGCUUUGGCAAAGAAUGGUAUCGCUUCCCUAGCUCCUACUUCCUUCCGAGAGACAUGCGCCCCAAGUUCGUACGGUCAGAGUUCCGUGGUCUGCUUCCUGGUGAGUUCUCUGAGGCUCGCACUGGUUUCGGUUUUUGGAGUGGGACAUGGCUGCCCACUAGCGGCAUGAACGAUCGCAACGAAGAGGAUAUGGGGAAGUAUGUUGAUAUUCGACAAUGCUCAUUCCUGGUUGACACUCGGUAUCCCGAAAAUACAGGCCCACUGCCACCCUUCGAGCCGGACUACGUCGCAGACACCGAGAACUGGGAGGUUGUCAAAUGCGAGCCUUUCCUCGACGCUGCCAAGACUCAUCUGUUGGCAAGGGUUCUCUGGGUACCUGACUCCAAGUUGGUACCUGAUAAAUUCAGACGCAAAUGGGGCCAUCAUUGCCUGUUACAGAGGAGGGCCCAAGCUUAG